UCAAGUGAUGAUGAUGAUGAUGAUAAUGAAGCACAGGACGGAUCCGGAGAGGAUACCAGGAGCCUAGGGAUGACAUCCACACAAUCUUGUUGAAUGUGGAUAUCGAUGGUACGGCGAAGGAUGGGCCCUCUGCUCUCGGCCGCCUUCAUCCUCCUGCUGGCCCUGAGCGCCGUGUCUCCGGCCUCGGUGGGUAACCCCGAGGAUUACGCGGCGGACGAGGCGGAGCGGACCGCCAGCGAAAACAUCGUCUUCGAUGACUAUCGGGGGAAAGGAUGCGUGGAUGACAGUGGCUUCGUCUACAAACUCGGGGAGCGCUUCUAUCCGGGACACUCGAACUGUCCGUGCGUGUGCACGGAGGACGGGCCUGUGUGUGACCAGCCCGAGUGCCCCAAACUGCACCCCAAGUGCACCAAAGUGGAGCACAAUGGGUGCUGCCCCGAGUGCAAGGAGGUUAAAAACUUUUGCGAGUACCGGGGGAAAACGUAUAAAAUACUGGAAGAAUUCAAGCCGUCACCCUGUGAAUGGUGCCGCUGCGAACCAAAUAAUGAGGUGCACUGUGUGGUGUCCGACUGCGCCGUCCCAGAGUGUGUCAACCCUGUGUACGAGCCGGAGCAAUGCUGCCCCAUCUGUAAAAACGGUCCAAAUUGCUUUGCUGGAACGACGAUCAUCCCAGCCGGAAUUGAAGUAAAGGUGGACGACUGCACCAUCUGCCGCUGCCACAACGGAGACUGGUGGAAGCCAGCACAGUGCUUGCGGCGGGAGUGCCUCAACGGCCAGUCGUUGUCAUAGAGAGACUCCACCGGGGAUGGAGGAAAAGCUCAGGCAAGGCCCUGCCUACUGCACCAUUUUGUAUGAUUGACAGGGCAGGAGCACAAUUCCUAAGCAACCUGAGACAGCAUUGUAUCGAAGAGAUGCUCUCACAAGCUUCACACAAAUACAAAUUCAGCCACUGGGAAGAAGACAGGACUUGUCUCAUGGCUGUUUCCACCCUCCAGUUUUAAUUGUCCUAUAUAUUUUCAAAAGUUAAUUUGCUUGA